UUGGCAGUCCGCACUUGGAAGACCGCGGGAAUUUUUUGUUUAUUUUUGUUUUUUAUUUGUAGUUUUAUUAAAUUGUAAUAUAAUAUUUUAUUAAAUAGAUAAUUAACAAAUUAUGGCAUUUUCACAAUCUUUUGAGUUUGGCGACAGCACGUUCAUGAAACUGGAGAACGAUUUAAAAGCAAAACAAGAAACAAAUGCCUUGGAAAUUAUCCAAGAAUCGCCGCCAAAAUUGAAAACAAAAUCUCAGCGUAUUUACACCCAAUCCAGCACAAACAGAUCGAAUGCAUCACAGCGCCACCAAUUCCGACGCAGUAAAUCCGAUUCCAAGUUGGGACGAACAACAACAACAAUUAACGGCAGCUGCGAACAAUAUUCGCAGUUCUUCAAGGAUGACUUUUCGUAUGGUAAAAAGCAGGAGGAAUCCCUGAUGCGUGUCUCCCAAAUCCAGGCGGAUUUGGAGGCGCACACUGAAGUGCUUGAAGAGAAUCUCAACACGACGUCCGUUUUUGAGGCGCAAAUCUGCACGGAAGAUGUCUUCGGCACGGAGACGGAAACGGAAACGGAGCCUGCUCCGAGUAGAAGUGAUUCCCCAAUUGAGUUGGCCAACCUGGACGAGAGCAGCUUCCUGGGACCAGCGCUGGCGUCGCAUCAGCUGCAGCAGGAUCUCAUGCGCAGUCGCUGCGAACUGGCCAAGCAGAGUCUCACCCAGACGCAGAAGCUGACCCCGAAGCUGACCCAGAACCUGAGCAGCAUGUCACCCAAUCAGCUGCGCCUCUCGCCCAACAGUCCACAGGAACAGCUGCCCGUCGACUUGGAGGCCCUGCGGCUAAUCUCGUCGUGGAAUCUGCCGCACAGCGUGCUCGGCGAGUACAAGAAGAAGGGCGUGGUCCGCAUGUUCGACUGGCAGGUCGAGUGCCUCAGCAAGCCCCGGGUGCUCUUCGAGCACUGCAAUCUGGUCUAUUCGGCUCCGACGUCCGCGGGCAAGACUCUGGUCAGCGAGAUUCUGCUGCUGAAGACCGUGCUGGAGCGCAACAAGAAGGUGCUGCUCAUCCUGCCCUUCAUAUCGGUCGUCCGUGAGAAGAUGUUCUAUCUGCAGGAUUUGCUGACGCCCGCUGGCUACCGUGUGGAGGGCUUCUACGGCUGCUACACGCCGCCCGGCGGCUUCGAGAGCAUCCAUGUGGCUAUCUGCACGAUCGAGAAGGCCAAUUCGAUUGUCAACAAGCUGCUGGAGCUGGGCAAACUCGACGAACUUGGCACCGUAAUCGUUGACGAAGUGCAUCUCAUUUCCGAUCCGGGACGCGGCUACAUCCUGGAGCUGUUGCUCGCCAAGAUUCUGUAUAUGUCGCGCCGGAAGGCGCUGCAAAUCCAGGUGAUAACCAUGUCCGCCACGCUGGCCAAUGUGGAGCUGCUGCAGCGCUGGCUCAGCGCCGAGCUCUACGUGACGGACUAUCGACCCGUCGCGCUGCAGGAGAUGAUCAAGGUGGGCACCAAAAUCUACGACAAUCGGCUGCAUUUCCUGCGCGAUGUCGGCUCCUUGGAGCUGCCCGCCUUGGCCAACGACAGCGACCAUGUGGCGCAACUGUGCAUCGAGACGCUGCUCGAGGGCUGCUCCGUUGUCGUCUUUUGUCCCUCGAAGGAUUGGUGCGAGAAUCUGGCCGUGCAGCUGGCCGGAGCGAUGCACGCGCUCCUCAAAUCCGACAGCCAGCUGGCCAGGAAGCUGAGCUCCCAACUAAAUCGGGCGGCUCUUGAGGAUGUGAAGCGGCAGCUGCGCGACAUACCCACAGGUCUCGACUCGGUCAUGUCCAAGGCAAUUAGCUAUGCGUGCUCGUUUCAUCACGCCGGCCUCACCACGGAGGAGCGCGACAUUGUCGAGGCCAGCUUCAAGGCGGGCGUCUUGAGGAUCCUUGUGGCCACCAGCACGCUCAGCUCGGGCGUCAAUCUGCCCGCGCGCCGUGUGCUCAUCCGUUCGCCCUUGUUUGGCGGCAAACAGAUGAGCUCCUUGACCUACAGGCAAAUGAUCGGGCGUGCCGGACGCACGGGCAGGGAUACGUUGGGCGAAUCCAUACUCAUUUGCAGCGAGAACAAUGCGCGCAUCGGCCGGGAACUAAUCACAGCACAGCUGAAGCCCAUUAGAUCCUGCCUGGAUCUGGAUGGAGGCAUGCAUCUGAAGCGCGCGCUGCUCGAGGUCAUCUCGUCGGGUGUGGCGAGCACGCGGCAGGACAUCGAUAGCUUCUUCCAGUGCACGCUGCUCAGUGCGCAACCCCAAGAGGAGCAGGAGCAGGAGGAUUACAUUGCGGCUGCGCUCGACUUUCUCGUGGAGUACGAGUUCAUACGCCUGCAAACGGACGAGGAGACGGAUGUGGAGAACUAUAUGGCCACACGUUUGGGCGCCGCCUGUCUGGCCUCAUCGAUGCCUCCAACGGAUGGUUUGAUACUCUUCGCGGAGCUGCAAAAGUCGCGUCGCUGCUUUGUGCUCGAGUCGGAGCUGCAUGCGGUUUAUCUGGUGACGCCGUAUUCCGUGUGCUAUCAGCUCCAAGAGGUCGACUGGCUGCUCUAUCUGGACAUGUGGGAGAAGCUGAAUCCGGCCAUGAAAAAGGUCGGAGAGUUGGUCGGGGUGAAGGAGGCGUUCCUGGUGCGCGCGAUGCGCGGCCAAACCAAGCUGGACUACAAGCUGCUGCAGAUACACAAGCGCUUCUACACGGCGCUGGCGCUGCAGGAGCUGGUCAACGAGACGCCCAUCAAUGUGGUCGCCCACAAGUUCAAGUGCCAGCGCGGCAUGCUCCAAGGACUGCAGCAGAUGUCCUCCACCUUUGCGGGCAUUGUGACCGCCUUUUGCAACUCCCUGCAAUGGUCGACGCUCUCGCUGAUUGUCUCCCAGUUCAAGGAUCGGCUCUAUUUUGGCAUACAUCGCGAUCUGAUCGAUCUGAUGCGUCUGCCCGAUCUGAGUCAGAAGCGUGCCCGUGCUCUGCACGAUGCCGGCAUCACGAGCCUCGUCGAGCUGGCCGGCGCCAAUCUGCUGGCACUAGAAAAGGUGCUCCACAAUUCGCUCAGCUUCGACUCGUCCAAGCAGCUGGAGCACGAGAAUGCUCUGGAGGCGGCACAGCGCAAUACGGCCAGGAAUUUCUUCAUCACGGGCAAGGCGGGCAUGACCGUCGCCGAGGCGGCCAAGCUACUCAACCACGAGGCGCGUCAGUUUGUCCAAUACGAGAUCGGAGUGGGCAACAUCCAGUGGACGCAGGUGGAGGAGGCCAAAGCCGCAGCGCAGAGGGUCGAGGAUCUGCACAUGUCGCUCGAGAAGGCGCAGCCUCGUGGCAAGGUCGAGGAUCCGCACAUGUCGCUCGAGGAGGCGCCGCUCCAAGGCUCCCAACGCAAGCGCAAGACACCAGACAGUGCGGAGAAAGGAUUGCCAUCCAAGUUGCGCAAGCUUGACCAGAACAGGCUCGACUCCAAGCCAAAGCCGGCAGAGAGUGGGGUAAUUAAAGCAAAUCGAAAGGAUCCCGUGCAAGGGAAAGGAAUAGACAGAGAAACUAGUCCCAAACUCGACUCCAGGCAAGAAUCAAGCAAAUCCCAGCCAAAGUCGGCAGAGAGUGGAGUAAUAAAAGCAAAUCUCAAGGAUACCCUGCAAGUAGAAGGAUUAGUCAAGCAGUCCAGUUCCAAGCUGAUCCCAAAAGUCGCCAACAUGCUCGACUCCAGGCAAGAAUCAAGCAAAGCCCAGCCAAAGCCGGCUAAUCCCAAGGAUCCCCUGCAAGUAGAAGGAAAAGUAAGAGAACCCAGUCCAAAACCGACUCGACAACCCCUUGCUGAGCGCAACCAGCUGAGCACCGGGAGCACAGCCAGUCUCCAGGCCGAGGAGAAGCCCAGCACGAGCGCCGCCUGCCGCAAGGAGUUGCUCCGGAAGGAGAUUGAGGAGCGUCGUCUCGUGGCCAUGAUGAAAAUCAACAAAAGACGCGCCGAAAUGGAAAAUGUGCGCCAAGGAUUGCCCAGCAAGGCGCCAGCGGAGCAGAUGCCCGGUCAAACGCCGCCCACAAAAAUGGACAACACAAAGGAGAAUAUGUCCAAAGUGUUCAAGACGCCCAGCACAUUGAUCAAGGCGGCGACCACGCCCACAUCGAUCCGUGCAGCGAUCACGCCCACGCAGCUGCCGCGACGCAGUCCACGGAAUCAUGGCGGAACAACCGCAGCCGUGGAGCAGGAGCAGGAGCUCUUCGACGACGACGACUCCUUCUUGCUGAACACGGGCCUGACGGCAGCGCUCACGGCAGCGGAGAGCAAAGCUCCUGUCGAUGAGAUACCCAGCUCACAGCCCAAGGAAUCGCCGGAGCAGCUGCCUCGUGGAGCUCUAACGCCGCAUGCCUCGCGUCUGAUGCGCUCCCUUCGGCUGCGAUCGAGUCCGAAACCGGCAACGCGGCCAGAAGUGAAGCUGGAAGAGGCAUUUACAUCGAAUGGCGCCUCCUCCAUGGAGCUCUCCGAUUUGUCGCUGGAAAACUCGUCGCUGAUAAAGCAUCCGCUGCAGCUGAAUGCUUCGCAUAUACUCAGCUGCUCCAAGACGGAUGAGCAUGCGUCCAGUUUCAGCAACAUUGACAUUGUGGACAUCUGCGGCAACAGGCAGCUCUUCCAGUUGGCCUCCGAGGAGCUGCUCAAGGCGAGCCGCUGCGGCUUCAGCAUUGGCCUCCAGGCGCAGGCGGGCCAAAGGAAGCCACUAAUUGGCGCCAAUCUGCUGAUCAACCAGGUGGCGGCGGCUGCACAACGGGAGGCUGCCGCUGGCCAAAAGCUGCUCUUCCAGGUGGACGAUGGCGCCUAUCUGGCCGGGAUUGCCUUCUGCCUGGCUAACAAUGUCGUCUACUACAUGAACAUGCAGCUGGAGCAGGAGCAGGAGCAGGACCAGGUCAGCACGGAGCAGAAAGUCGAGCAGCUGUGCAGCUUGUUGAGCCGAACGGAGCUGACGCUGCUCAUCCAUGACGCCAAGGAUCAGCUGAAGGCGCUGCGUCAGGCGCUGCCGCAGCUGAAACACAUUCAGGUUAAGCUGGAGGAUCCCAAGGUGGCCAACUGGCUGCUGCAGCCGGACAAGACGCUCAGCUUUCCAAAUAUGUGCCAGCAAUUCGCGCCGGAGUGCACGUCGCUGUCGCAGCUGUGCGGCAGCGGGCGCGGCUACAGCAGCUACGGACUGGACGCCAGCAGCGCCAUUCUGGCCAAGGUGCGCUCCUCCAUCGAGGCGUGCCUUACCGUGCACAUCCUAAACGGGCAGCUGGAGAAUCUGGAGAGGAUUGGCACCGGGCAGCUGCUUAAGUUCUUCAGAGAGCUGGAGAUGCCCGUCCAGAUGUCGCUGUGCAACAUGGAAUGCCUUGGCUUUCCGGCCAAGGAGCAGCGUUUGCAGCGUCUCUUCCAGCAGAUGCUCGCCACCAUGAAGAAGCUGGAGGGGAAGAUCUAUGAGCUGCACGGCUCGCGCUUCAAUCUGGGCUCCACACAGGCCGUGGCCAAGGUGCUGGGACUGCAUCGCAAGGCAAACGGACGCAUCAGCACCUCGCGUCAAAUACUCGAGAAACUCGAUUCGCCCAUAUCGCAGCUAAUCCUCGACUAUCGGAAGCUGAGCAUGCUGCUCGCGAAGAAUAUGCAGCCGCUGCUGAAGUGCUGCCAGGCGAAUCGUGUGCACGGCCAGAGCAUCACGUAUACGGCCACCGGACGCAUCUCCAUGUCGGAGCCGAAUCUGCAGAAUGUCGCCAAGGACUUUCAGAUCGAUUUGGGCAGCGAGCGUAUAAAUAUAUCCUGCCGGAGCAGCUUUGCGCCAAUGAACGAGAAGCUUUGUUUGCUUUCGGCGGACUUUUGUCAGCUGGAGAUGCGCAUAUUGGCGCAUCUGUCGCAGGACAAGGCGCUGCUGAAGGUGAUGAACUCGCCGCAGGAUCUGUUCACGGCCAUUGCGGCGCACUGGAACAAAAUAGCCGAGUCCGAUGUCUCCGAGCAGCUGCGCAACGGCACCAAGCAGAUCUGCUACGGGAUUGUCUACGGCAUGGGCAUGCGCAGCUUGGCCGAAUCGCUCAAAUGCACGGAACAGGAGGCACAAAUGAUCUCCGAGCAGUUCCACCUGGCAUACGCGGGCAUCAAAGCUUAUGCGCUGAAGGUCGUCAAGUUUGCGCGCAACAACGGCUACGUGGAGACCAUAACCGGGCGACGACGCUAUCUGGAUCACAUCAACAGCGGCGAGCCGCAGCUCAAGAAUCAAGCCGAGCGCCAGGCCAUCAACUCGACGAUACAAGGCUCCGCCGCGGACAUAGCCAAGAGCGCCAUUUUGCGCAUGGAGAAGAAUAUUGGACGUUAUCGGCAGAAGCUGGGCUUGGCCGAGAAUACCGUCAAUCUGGUGUUGCAUCUGCACGACGAGCUCAUCUUCGAGGUGCCCGCGGACAAAGCAAAAAAAGUCGCCAAAGUCUUAAGUCUAACGAUGGAAAAUUGCGUGAAGCUAAAUGUGCCGCUGCGGGUGAAGCUGAAAAUAGGCCGCAGCUGGGGCGAGCUGCAGGAGGUCAAAGUUUAAUUUCACAAUUAAUUUUUAUUAUGGUUAUUUCUCGAGUUUUAGUCUUAAUUUAUUGGGCCUGCUUUUGCUCCCAUUCGGUCCAGGAGCCGGCAUAGGCCUUGGCGCUGAAAAUUAGGUGUUUUUUGUUUUUUAAUAAAUAUACAUUCUUAUGUA